UCUAGCGUUCUCUGAGUCUAAGACAUGGAGGAGGACUUCGGUGGUUUGUCUUUUGACGACUCGUUGUUCUGCGGUGGGAAUGUGAGAGAAAGUCGUAGACUUGUGUCGUACAACGCCAAGAUAUGCGAGGAAGGAUGGUUCACACAGGACGUGUCACUACACCAGAAGGCUGAUGUGGACAGACUGGAUGUGCUGAAGUUUUCUGCUGACCAGCUGUACUACCAGAAGGACUACAGCAGGGCCAGGGACAUUUAUACAGACAUGCUUGGUUCUAUUCCACCAAGUAAUGCCACUGUCAGGAGGGAUGUGGAGGAGGCUAUAGCAAGGUGUAAUCUCAACCUGGGGGACCCUGACGCUGCUUUGGACAUUGCUUUAGAUAUGAAUAAAUUGGUCAACCCCAACAAUCCUGACCAACAGACAGUCGUGUGGAGUCUACUUAGAGAUGUCUAUAAACAGAUGGGGAAUGUACAAGCCGUCAAGAUGAUGGGACGUGGCGCCCUAGCGGGCGCAAAAUUAGCUAGCGAGAGAAGAAAACGGACUCUGAAACUACAGAAAGAAGGGCUACAGAAGGCGCGCCAUUUUGUACCCAAACCACCUCAAAUCAUGGUGAUCAGGGGCAGGAUCAACCUUCUGUCUUUUCCCACAGUCAUUAUUGUAAUGGGAUUCUUCGUCUUCGCCAUUGGCGUAGUUCUGUCCAUGUUUGCGUAUGAGUACGUGGUGAUAUCUGUGCAGAACAACAACACCAACAACUCUUCCAGCACCACGGACAUGGACAGCAGCCUGGGGCUCCUCACAGACCGGGACUUUCUGCACACGUUCCGACUGGCCGGUCCGCUGAUUCUUGGACUCGGGGUUUUCUCCAUGUUGUGUGGGAUAACGGCAUUACUAGAGGACCGAGACAAGAAAACAAAACGAAUCAUCAUUCGCGAACCAAGUGAAGAAGUGAAACCGGGUCUACCACCAGGUAUAGGCCCUUUCUCAGCGACAUUACUGUACCAAGAUUAUACCGCAUCACCGCACGACCACAGGCCGGCGGCCAUGUCCUCUACCAGCUGCAGAUUCGCACGAUUCUCGGUGGGCUCGUGUCCGAACCUGUGCUACCAGCCCAGCUCUCCGGUCCAUCUGAACCCAGCACGGGGGUACAUGCAGUCCAUGCCCUCCCCUGUACCAGUGCGGGAUUUGUACAGGUUUCAGCAUUCAGAGUGUGUUGGAGAGACACCUACGCUAACUUGA